AAUGAUCAAAGGAUUUGGUAGGCCAAAAACCAAGCGUUUCUUGGCAAUAUUAUCCAUAUUCCAUAUCACCAAAGAGUCGAACGUUUAAAAAUGGCCGCCAUUAGAGUAGCUUCCACUUCCCUCACCCUUCCUUCUUCAUCUUCUUCUUCCUCUUCUUAUUAUUACAAUUCACGUCCCUCGGUUUUUACGAAAUUCCGAUUCAGACCCAUCUUUGAUAUUUCCUUUGCAAUCGGACCCCUCUCUCCCACCAGAGCAAAGCGCAUGUCUCAUUCCAUUGCUCAUGCCACUCUCGGCCUUACUGAACCCAAUAAGACCGACCCACCAACGAUCUCAUUUGCUGCGAAAGAAACCGAUUUAUUAGAAUGGAAAGGAGACAUUCUUGCAGUGGGUGUAACCGAAAAGGACAUGUCGAAAGACGAAAAUUCGAAGUUCGAAAAUCCGACACUGCAGAAGCUAGAUUCCUACUUGGGUGGAUUGUUAUCCGAAGCCUCUUCGGAGGAGGAUUUCACCGCUAAGGCUGGACAGUCGACUUUUCUUAGGGUCACCGGCCUUGGUUCGAAAAGGGUCGGUCUAAUUGGGCUCGGAUCAGCCGCAUCACCACCCGUGGUAGCUUACCGCGGUCUUGGCGAGGCUGUUGCAAAUGCAGCCAAGUCCGUGCAGGCGAGUAUUGUUGCAGUCACACUUGCUUCUUGUGAUGGAAUCUCCGUCGAAUUGAAGGCUAGUGUUGCUUCGGCAAUAGCUACUGGAGCAAUGCUGGGUAUUUUCGACGAUAAUAGGUUCAAAUCAGAAUCGAAGAAACCAUCGCUCGAAUCAGUGGAGAUUAUCGGUCUUGGUAGUGGGCUCGAAAUCGAGAAAAAACUCAAAUACGCGCAAGGUCUUUCUUCGGGGAUCAUAUUUGGGAGAGAGCUCGUAAAUGCUCCGCCUAAUGUACUCACCCCUGGAGUUUUAGCUGAAGAAGCCACAAGGAUUGCUUCAGAGUACAGUGAUGUUUUUACAGCAAAAAUAUUGGACGAAGAGCAGUGCAAAGAAUUGAAGAUGGGCUCGUAUUUAGGUGUAGCUGCAGCAUCGGCCAAUCCUCCGUAUUUCAUUCAUUUGUGUUAUAAGCCUCUUAGUGGAGAAGUCAAAACCAAGCUGGCUUUAGUUGGCAAAGGGUUGACUUUCGACAGCGGCGGCUACAAUAUCAAGGCGGGACCCGGCUCUAUGAUUGAACUGAUGAAAUUCGAUAUGGGUGGCUCAGCUGCAGUACUCGGUGCAGCAAAAGCUCUCGCCCAAAUUAAACCUUCUGGCGUAGAGGUGCACUUCAUUGUAGCAGCUUGCGAGAAUAUGAUAAGUGGAACGGGUAUGCGACCUGGCGAUGUUCUCACAGCUUCAAACGGGAAGACAAUCGAGGUAAACAACACCGAUGCGGAAGGAAGACUCACACUUGCCGAUGCUUUGGUUUAUGCUUGUAAUCAAGGCGUAGACAAGAUAGUGGAUUUGGCUACACUGACUGGGGCUUGUAUAGUUGCUCUUGGACCAUCAAUUGCUGGUGUUUUUACACCGAGCGAUGACCUGGCAAACGAGGUAUUUGGAGCCUCGGAGGUUAGCGGGGAGAAAUUUUGGAGAAUGCCGAUGGAAGAAAGUUAUUGGGAGUCGAUGAAAUCGGGCGUGGCUGAUAUGGUCAACACCGGUGGUCGUCAAGGUGGUGCUAUAACCGCCGCUCUUUUCUUGAAGCAGUUUGUGGACGAGAAAGUGCAGUGGAUGCAUAUAGACAUGGCAGGACCUGUUUGGAGCGACAAGAAGAAAAACGCAACAGGGUUUGGUGUUUCCACAUUAGUCGAAUGGGUACUGCACAACUCUUCGUAAAUCGUAAUUUAGCCCAUUUAAUAUAAAAAAUAAUCUCGUGUAAAUUUCAUUUCUUUUUGUUUUUCUCUUUCAUCUUUGCCCCAUAGCUUGUAAGAAUCGUUAAAUUCAUUUCAUCGUAAUAUUUCGUUUUCUGAAUCCAGGACAUCGUAUAUUAAAUUCAUUUUAAAAAAG